GGUAAAGAUGCUGCCUCCAACAGUAACCUUUCUCAGGCUGGGAGUGUGGGUUGUGUUUCAGAUGGGAAAGUUUCUGAUAAGGGACCUGCCCAGUCUAAGAUGUGGGAGUGCUCAAAGCAGUGCAAACCACUAAGUGAAUUUGAGGUCAAUGCCAUUGUUUGUUUUAGGACAGCUUUUGAGCAGCCUGUUGAGAAAGUCAGGCAGGCCCUGGCUGAAUGUGAUAUGGGUUGCCCCUAUGGUCACUACACCAAAUUAGUAGAUACUGCGCCUGUGGACCUUAGAGGACACCCCAUUGUUUGUUACUCUGGUGCUGUGCACUUGUCAGACCUGGACCCUACAAGCUUCUACUACACAUCCACUACACUCUUUGGCCUCCACCUUUGACUUCAGCGGGGUAGACCUCUUCAAAAGAGUGA